CGGUCCCUCUUCAGGGCUAACCUCCACUGUGAUCCGCUUUUUCAGUUAGUCUGCGGCACAUAAAGUUUGCUGCUGUCAGAUUCGUCUCUCUCAGGUCCAGCAGAGGACGGAUGGACUCAGUGGACCUCUAACCGUCCAACAAGCCAGAACAGAACCGAGAAUUAAAUCAUGUUUAUUAUCAGAGUCUCAUCUGCUGGUUAGGACAGAAACAUAAAUAUUAUAAAACAUCUGGAAUCUGAACUGGGGAAGAGGAAGAUUUAACUUCAUGAAAUCUAAAGUCGGAUCUCCGCCUGGACUCCCAGGAACCGGGUCAGAACAGAACCUGUGCUGCUGAUUGGACCCCGUUAUGUUCAGUGACCAGACUGGGACUGAUGGGAGGAAGAUGGUUCUGAUGGAGGUUCUGGUUCUGAUGGUCAUCUGAUCUUCAUCUAAACUGGUUCCGGCCUGGAAAACCGGAUCCCAUCAGAACCGAACCUUUUGACCCCUCACAGAGCCACGGCUCGGCUGUUGAUGCCGAACCGGAAGCCAGUGUUCUGCCUCUUCCUCCAGCCUCUGCAGCUCAUUGGCUGAGCCUCCGGCUCUGGCAGAGGGCCGCGCCGGAAGCAGCAGCUGCGCCGCGGGGGAUGGAGUGCCGAUCUGCCGCCGUGUCGACCCUCAGCUGGGGGCUGGUGGUCAGCGGGGCGGCCUUCCUGCUGCGGCAGACGCGCCGCUGCGGACAGUACGGCCGCUACGCGGAGCCGGGCGGCCGCUGCUGGCCCGCCAGCCCGGCCUGGUUCCUGCAGGAGGUCCCGGCCUUCCUGGUUCCGCUGAUGCUGCUGCUGGGUUUUGGAGAACCGGGCCCUGCCACCGCGAGGUCGCUGCUCGUCUGGACCUUCAUGCUGCACUACUUCUACAGGAGCUGCAUCUACUCCCUGCUGACCCGCGGGCGGCCGGUUCCUCUGAAGAUCAUCUGCUCCUCCAUCGUCUUCUGCUCUCUGAACGGCUUCCUGCAGGGACACAACCUGCUGCACUGCGCUCACCUGCAGCACACCUGGCUGACCAGCGCUCGCCUCUCUGCAGGCUUUCUGCUGUUUGCUGUCGGUCUGACCAUCAACAUCCACAGUGACCACAUCCUGCGUAACCUGAGGAAACCUGGGGAGUACGUCUACAGGAUCCCCCACGGGGGGAUGUUUGAGUUGGUUUCUGGUGCCAACUUCUUUGGGGAGAUCACAGAGUGGUGCGGCUUCGCCCUCGCUGCUUGGUCCUUUCCAGCCUUCGCCUUUGCCUUCUUCACCAUCUGCUCCAUCGGGCCCAGAGCCUACCAUCACCACAGGGAUUAUAAGCGGCGGUUUGUGGACUACCCCCGCUCCCGGAAAGCCAUCAUUCCCUUCAUUCUUUAGGGAUGGAGGCCCAACCUGUGAGAACUGGUACCUUCUGGAGGCUGUUGCAGUUCCUCCUUCUCAGAGAACCAACACCGAGCCCGAACUGGACCGGUCCAGGCUGACGUUCCCUCCAUCCAGGAUGGGUUAUAGGUCAAGGGUCAGGACCAGAGCACCAACAUCCCCGCAGACCCCGCACAUCCUGGACUCAAUCUGUCCAGGCUUUCACCAUCAGGUGGCGCCACAGAGACAGUUUGUCCCUGCAGACUGUCUCUGUGGGACACGUGAACUCCUAACUGAGUGGUUCUGGUUCUGGGUCGUCUGCUGCUCUGCAGUGAAACUAAAUAAGCAAAUUUUAAAUGUUAUUAUUCAUUUUCUCUAAAUAUGGUUCUAUAUUCACAUGUAUGUGUUUUUAUUCUUCUAUUUCCUCUAAACAUUAUGUACUUGUCUUAAUGUCGGUCCAUCAGAAUAAACAUUAAAGCUGAUUCAGACUGUUGACGGGUUCUGGUUCUGGUUCGGUGGAUUCCUCUCUCUUGUCUGAGUUGCAGCCGUUUAUAUGUAUUAAAUAUUAAUAUUAGCUCCUCCUGAA